AUGGCGGCUAUCCUCAAACUUCAGCGCAAAUAUCCCCAGUUCCCUCAGAACGAAAUCUUCCAGUUGCAAGAUGCCUUUCGCAAACUCGAUGUCGACGACAAGGGCUAUCUUGACGAGGCCACCGUCAUCAAGGCUACCCAGCAGUCCGAAAGACAAUCCUAUGAUGUAGUGAGACAGGCGCUGAAAGAGGUGGACCUUGACAGCUCACGGCGGGUGGAACUGGAGGAUUAUGUCGACCUGAUCGCAAAGGUGCGCGAUUCAUCUCCUGCGCAACGACGCUUGUCCGUUGGCGCUCAAAGACCUGCGGCUGGCAACGGUCUUCCUUCCUCCUCGGGGCAUGCUUCAAAGCCCAGCAUCGGCGGAGGCGGAAAGAUUCACGUUCAAGGCUCUUCUGCCAACGUUACGCACACCAUCAACGAGGAAGAGCGAACCGCUUUUACCACCCACAUCAAUGCUGUCCUUGCCGGCGAUCCCGACAUCGGCCAUCUCUUGCCCUUCCCCACCGAUACUUUCGAGAUGUUUGACCAUUGCAAGGAUGGUUUGGUCCUGUCAAAACUUAUCAAUGACAGUGUCCCGGAUACCAUUGAUGAACGUGUGCUGAACAAGCCCGGAAAGAAGAUCAAGACUCUCAAUGCAUUCCACAUGACGGAGAACAACAACAUUGUCAUCGAGUCCGCCAAAGGUAUCGGCUGUUCCGUAGUCAAUGUUGGUGCAGGGGACAUCAUCGAGGUUCGAGAGCAUUUGAUCUUGGGUCUCAUUUGGCAGGUCAUCCGACGGGGUCUUCUGGGAAAGAUUGACAUCAAGCUGCAUCCCGAGCUGUAUCGACUUUUGGAAGAAGAUGAAACUCUGGACCAAUUCCUUCGCCUACCGCCCGAACAGAUCUUGCUUCGGUGGUUCAAUUACCAUCUCAAGAAUGCCAACUGGCCACGAAGAGUAGCAAACUUUUCCGGCGAUGUCAAGGACGGUGAGAACUACACCGUUCUGCUCAACCAGUUGAAACCAGACGUCUGCUCUCGAGCUCCCUUGCAGACGCGAGAUCUCCUCCAACGCGCCGAAGAAGUCCUCCAGAAUGCCGAAAGGAUUGACUGCCGAAAGUUCCUGACGCCAACUGCCCUAGUCGCGGGGAAUCCAAAGCUCAACCUGGCCUUCGUCGCCAACCUCUUCAACACCCACCCAGGCCUAGACCCGCUCGAGGAAGGUGAAAAGCCCGAGAUUGAAGAUUUUGAUGCAGAGGGCGAGCGGGAAGCCCGUGUAUUCACCCUCUGGCUGAACAGUCUCGACGUCCAACCACCGGUCCACUCCUUCUUUGAUGAUCUGCGCGAUGGAACGAUUCUCCUUCAGGCAUACGACAAAGUCAUUCCCGGCAGUGUCAACUUCCGUCAUGUGAACAAGCCUCCUGCGCACGGCGGCGAAAUGUCGCGGUUCAAAAUGGUGGAGAAUACCAACUACGCCGUUGAAUUGGGCAAACAGAAUCGCUUCUCUCUCGUGGGUAUUCAAGGUGCAGAUAUCACUGAUGGCCAGCGCACUUUGACUUUGGGGCUGGUCUGGCAACUUAUGCGCCGAGAUAUCGUGUCGACCCUUUCCGGACUCGCGCAACGCAUGGGCAAGCGGGACUUGAGUGAUUCGGACAUGAUAAAAUGGGCCAAUGAGAUGUCCCGCAAGGGUGGCAGGACCUCUUCCGUCAGGUCAUUCAAGGAUCCCGCGAUCACGAGCGGUAUCUUCCUGUUGGACGUUUUGAACGGCAUGAAAGCGAACUAUGUCGACUACGAUCUUGUUACGCCUGGCAAGACGCCUGAUGAUGCCUACGCCAACGCCAAGUUGAGUAUAAGCAUUGCCAGAAAAAUGGGUUCUACGAUUUACCUCCUCCCCGAUGAUAUCAUCCAAGGACGCGCAAGAUUGGUUACCACUUUUGUCGGUGCCCUCAUGCGGACGGCUGAGAAGCUGGGCGUCUAG